CGAAAGUUGAAUCACGGCUGCGGUCAGCAAAAAAGGGCACCUUUUGUUUUGUUUGCUCUCUCUCAACCACCACCCGACGCCUCUCCCUUCCUCCUCCGUCCCGACUGUUCUUCGGGAUCCGUCCGAAUCAGGUUUCCCGCACAUGAUGAUGAUGCUGCUCUCUUCGACGUGGGCGCUGCUGCUGGCGCUCUUUGCGUCCUCCGUGUCGGCGACGGCGCUCACGUACAAGUUGCAGCCGAACGAGAAGGCGUGCUUCUUCGCCGACGUGAAGCAGCCGCAGAGCAAGAUCGCCUUCUACUUCGCCGUCCAAUCUGGCGGCUCGUUCGACAUUGACUACGAGGUCGUGGGCCCGGCCGAGCGCGUCAUCAUGAAGGGGGAGAAGGAGAGACAAGGCGACUUUGUGUUCACGGCCAACGACGUUGGCGAAUACAGGUUUUGCUUCAACAAUGAGAUGAGCACGUGGGCGGAGAAGCUGGUCGACUUUGAAAUCGCUGUCGAGAACGAAUCGCGAGCACAGCUCCCCGCGAAGCAGGGCUCGACGCCCGAACAGACCUCCGUUCUCGAGGAGUCCAUCCUCAAGCUGUCGUCGCAGCUCUCCACCAUAAAUCGGAACCAGAAGUACUUCCGCACGCGGGAGAACCGCAACUUCAGCACCGUUCGCAGCACCGAGAGCCGCAUCUUCAACUUCAGCAUCCUGGAGAGCUUCAUGAUGGUCACUAUGGCUGGUCUGCAGGUCUUCAUCGUGCGAUUCUUCUUCCAGGGAGCGAGAAAGGGCUACGUGUGAGCCGCUUCUCUUUUUUUUUUUUCCCUCAUGUGCACAGCACGAUGCUUUGCAGCGGGCGUUCGAGACUUGACGACUUUUUUUUUUUCGUUCGGGACAUGAGAGAAGGAAAACCAAAACAAGAAAAGAAGGGGUCGGGUCCAUUGCGUAUAGGUGUCAUUGGGCGGUGUACAUUAUAUAUAUAUCUCGAGACUGCAUAGCUUGCGGCGCACAACGUCUGGAAUCGCAUGAGGCUCUUGCCAUUCCUAUGCAUGAUGAAUCUACCUUCCAUCCCGUAC